CGCGCAGAAGUGAGUGUUUGCUCAAAGUUGUCGGCAGCUUUCUGUAGUCACGAAUCCGUACAGCGUUCCGCUUCAGUUUCGCAAACUUCUGGACGUUCAGUUAAACUUCGGUUUCACUUAUUGCUUGCCGAAAUCGUCUGCGCUCAGUGUCAAAUUGUGGAAAGUUCAAAUCUUUAACAGCACUUUUCGCUUCAUGGAUGGAAUUUAUGAAGCAACGCCAGCGGCUGCCUGUUUAAAGGUGAAGUAGCAAAGACCCCCGCUUGUAGAGGGCUGACCCAUGUGAGGAGAGUGGAGUUCUCACACACAAACACACACACACACACACACACACACACACACACAUGAACGGCAUGGCAUCUUUCUCCAGCACCUGUGGCUCCAAGGUGGACCGGACGCCCCAUCGUAGAGGAGAAGACAGGCAGGGGACGCCCAGUGACAGCGACUGCAGUGCUGUGCUUGAAAAGACCAGAGAGUUCUUCCAGAUUUGUGAUAUUGAGGGAAAAGGCUUCAUUACACGACGGGACAUGCAGAGAUUAAAUGGAGAACUUCCGCUAAGUGCUGAGGAACUUGAGAACGUCUUUGACACUCUGGACGCAGAUGGCAAUGGAUAUCUGACAUUUGAAGAGUUCUCCUCUGGGUUUAGUGAAUUUAUGUUUGGUCCAGAUGUGGUUUUAGUGGAUCCACAUAGAGGAGAGGGGCCAGUUUCAUCAAAGACUCCGGAAGUGCUCUACGAGAGCCAAUGGGAGGAGAAAAGCAGCUCUGGAGAGGAUGACGAGGAGCAACACUUCUGCAUGCUAAUGGAGAACUUGGGGGCAAGCAACAUCUUUGAAGAGCCAGGAGAGGUGCGGAGUCUUUGGGUGCAGCUUAGAAGAGACGAACCUCAUCUUCUGUCCAAUUUUGAGGAGUUCCUUGCCAGGGUCACUUAUCAGAUCAAAGAGGCCAACCAGGAGAAGAAAGAGAUGGAGACAGCCCUCAAAAGGAAAGCGGCGACACAUGAUGAUGAAAUCCAGAGGCUGUAUGAAGAAAUGGAGCAACAGAUCAAGAAUGAAAAAGACAGGAUACUCUUAGAGGAUUCUGAGCGGUUCUUGUCUCGCAGUCAGGACAUGGAGCAUCAGCUUUCCGCUAAAGAAAAAGAGCUGGAAAUCCUUUCUAACAAACAGAAACGGCUGGAGCACCAGUGUCGAGAGCUGCACAGCGAGCAGCGGGAGACUGCCGUGGAGAACGUCAAACUGAAGCAGUGUAAUGAGGACUUGAGCCGUGAGCUGGAGAACACCACGCAGGAGCUCAGUCUGGCCCAGGAACAACUCGUGCUGCUGCAGGAACAGUCCUCUCGUCUGCACGAGGAGAGAGAGAUGGAAGUUUAUAAGGUUACAGAAAGCUUGCAAAGAGAGAGGGCAAGUCUUCUCAAGCAACUUGACUUGCUAAGGGAAAUGAACAAACACUUAAGAGAUGAAAGAGACAUGUGCUAUCAAAAACCAAAUGCUUCUUCUGUAAAACUCUCAUGGAAACAGAGAUCUGCAUCCAUUACUAUGAAGCACUCGGAGCGGAGGCAGUCAUUUAAGAGCGAUGAGGAUGAAGAGGUUCUUCCACAAUCUAAAAGGAAAAGCAUGAUUGGCGUGAAUGGACACAGUAUGGACCUGGAGGACAUAGUAGAUGGACGGCCUCCUUCAAAACAUCAGCUUCAGAGGAUCAUCUCCAUCGAGGAGGACCAUCUCCCUCAGCUCCUUCAACAGGGCUAUCAAGCCCAGCUCAGAGAAUGGAGUGAAGAUGAGGAGUUGGAGGAGGGCAUUGACCUCCAGAUGAGCAAUAUUUACCCCACAACCAGCACACCGACCUCUGUUGCUCCCCCUCCAGGAGUCACACCCACUCCCACCUCACCCAGAGGACAGCCUGUGGGCAAGGAGACAGUCCAGUCGGAGGAAGGGGCCAGUUCAGGUCCAGAUCGUCUGUUUAAGAUUGUUCUGGUGGGGAAUUCUAGUGUGGGAAAAACGUCUCUUCUGCGUCGCUUCUGUGACAACUCUUUUCACUGUGGUACAUGUGCUACUGUUGGUAUUGACUACAGUGUGAAGACUCUUACAGUAGACAACAGCCAGGUAGCCUUGCAAAUGUGGGACACAGCAGGACAGGAGAGGUAUCGCAGCAUCACCAAGCAGUUUUUUCGCAAGGCCGAUGGUGUAGUUGUAGUGUACGACAUCACUAAUGAGCAGACUUUCACAGCAGUGAGGCAUUGGCUGGCCAGCGUGCAGGAAGGAGCAGGUGAGGACAUUCCCAUCAUGCUCCUGGGGAACAAGACGGAUCUAGAUGGUCAGAGAGAGGUUCCACUGGGAGUGGCAGAGAAAUUAGCCAAGGACUUUCAGUUGAUUUUCUAUGAGUGCAGUGCUUUUUCAAGCCACAAUGUGACAGAGUCCAUGAUUCACAUGGCAAGAGUACUGAAAGACCAAGAGGACAGAGAAAAAGAGAAAACCGUAUCACUAGUAGACAACCACGCUAAGAAGAAGUCCUGCUGCUAGUGGAAAGUCACCCAUAAACACUCAAGAGAAACCUGCAGAUCUUUCAUACCUUGGCUUGGUGUUAAUCUGUUUUUCUUCCUCUUAAGUUCCUGUUUUCUCUUUUUAUAUGACCACUGUGGAGUUAAAAAUGUUUGGUGUUUUUAUAUACCACCACCUCAUUGCUGUGUGAAACGGAUGAGUUUUAUCAUAAUAGAUGUAGGGAUUGAAGUAGAGCACUAUAGUUUUGUACAGUUAAAGCGAGUCCCUCUUAAAGUCUCCUGUCACACUAUUGAAGUAAACAAAACUGUAUUUUUGUAUUGACAGAUGUCGUAAUUUAUCUUUUUAAUAUGAAGGUCUUGGAAAGAUAUUUAAAUGAGGAAAAAAUAAGCUUCUACACACUAGUUUGCACAGUCGUUUGCACAAAUGUAUUAUUAUGAUGAAUUGAAGAUCUUGAAUUAUUCCUUAUUAUUCCUAUAGCUUUGAAAAAUGCUCUAUUUGCUGUCGCAAGCAUAAAUAUUUUUAAUACACUGCCAUGAAGCGAACAUAAGGUUUGCAUAAGAAUUCGGUUUUAACAGGUGUCAGUGUUGUUCGCCUUACAGUACAAAAUAAAUUAUUGAUUUAAUUAAAUGGAUUUAGUCCAAUAUUGAUUUCAGAUCGCUUUUUGAUUUGUAUUUUAUGUAUGUGCCAACCGUACUGUGUAUAUCUGCAUUUGCUAUUUAAUGCAGUCAGUGCUAAAUCGGUGUAAAAUGUCUCGCAAGUCGUUGAUGAUCACAUUUACUGUAAAUAACUAAAGAUGCAUUAAUUGUCCACCAGACAGUGCAUUUAUGCAUAACUGAGAUGCUGUGUUUUCUUAAGUGUUUCGGUAAUACGAUUCUUGAUCUGUAACUUGAGUUUUCGUAUUGAUUCACACAAGUUAUGGCAAGUAACUACUGGGAAGAAUGACACUAGAUUUAAGCACAAUGUGGAUGUUUUAAGUCGUUUUUCACUUAGGCUGUUUGGUCUUAUAAAUGUUCGUGCUUUAUUAUGUACAUGUGCAAUGUGUAAAUACUUAAUAGAAAUGUAUUUUCAGUGAAAUGUUAAAAUAAAGAAUACACGGUUUGCAUUAA